AUGGAGUUAGCUGGUAAUACCAUCCUGGUGAUGAUGGUGGCAAGUGGCAUUGCCCAGUGGAACAGCGGUCUGUACGUGAAUGUGGAGGUUGAUGUCCUGAACAUAUUCUCAUCAGCGGAAAGCAUCACACUGGAGGCAAAUUACAGUGGGAUUGUCAGAAAGACAGUUGGGAGUCACAACUGGAAUAAUGACAGGAAUUACGGCAGGAAUAAUGACAGGACUUCCACAGGAUCCGAUUUAUCUCUGGAACAGCUGUGGGUCCGGCUCGUGUGUUCGUUUGUGCAGAGCCACGGAGCUCAAUGUAAGAGGAAACAGAGAGGGGACAGUAGAUCGAAGGAUACACAGUACCGCAGCAAUGCAGCCCAGGAAUGGACCUGCAAUAGACUCUAUCCCUACUCCCGAUAUCAAAUCACUCUCUUGGUCAUUUACCGAGAGCGGUCCAGUUUAUGGCUGCACUCGGGACAUUACACAGGGAUCAGCCGUCAGGUUUAUACAGGCCAUGCCAGCACCACGCAAGGAGUACCUGAGAAACCCGAGAUCAUCAACCUGGAAAUACAGAAGGGAGACGUUGAGUGGGAUUUAUUGACAAACUGCAAUGGCCCAAUCCUUGGCUAUCAGAUGAUAGUGACAGAGCAGAGAGAGUAUGAUGAAAGUUAUUUGCAGGAAUAUAGUUUGAAUCUUGCUGCCUUAAACCACUCCCUGGUCUUGUCGGACAUUCAAUGUGCGACAAAGUACAACAUAACGCUGCGAGCUCGCACCGCUGUUGGCUGGGGCCAGCCCAACAUCCAAAUCCAACAGACCCGUGCAGUGGAGAAUUUUCGCGUUCAUCCUCUCUUCGUUCCUAAAAUCACCGACACGGCGGCUGUCGUUUCCUUUGAGCCCGUGUCGUCGCGAUGUGUACCUAUCAGUUCCUACCAGAUUAUUGUGACGAGGAGUGCAGCAUUCCCUGAGGUCUGCACAGCAGGUUACCUCAAAGGGUUUGACCCCUCGAAGCCUGACUGGCCGUACAUCAGUCACCAGGUCCUGAGGAACUCCUCAGAGAGAAUCACAGUCACCAUCGGAGAUGGACAGGAGACUGACGGAUAUCUGAACGUGGCACUGCACCCAGACAGAGAGUACACAGUCACCCUGAGAGCAGUCAUCAAGUGGAAUGGGGUAACCACCUUCAGGUGCUCUCCACCCAGACAGAUUCUCAGACGCUUGUGACACGAACGAUCGACCGUGCCCUGACGGGAAAGGAUAACCCCCCACCCGCAUACCAGGCAGCGGGGCUGGAGGAGCCUGUGAUGGGGGCACCCCAAGGAAAGAUUACGGGAUCGGUAUCAGAGGGAAUGGAGGAGAUAUGCCUGCGAGAGAAGCGCGGGACAACUUAUGAUUUUACUUUAUAACUGUAUCUCUCAUUUCUAAUCCUUCCCAUAUUAGGGCCUCAGAAUGUGAGGGCUGAGGUGCAGAGACCCCCUAGUUGUGUAUUUUUUUUCUCUCUCUUUCCCGUUCAAAUUGACAACAGGUAAAUUUGUGCUUUUAUGCUGCAGUUAGAGAUUGUGAAGUGCUAUAUGCCUCGAGACUCAAGAGACUAUUGUUCACUCAAGAGAUUCCUAGCCAUCAUCUGGUAUUCCUAAAUGGCUUCGAUUGGUCUCGACGGCCACUGUUCACAGUAAUAAGCCAGUUACCACUGCCCGUGUCCGUCCUUAACGUCUGUGAAAUGGAUGUGGGUUUUUAUUGGUCAGUGAAGGUGACUGGUUAGCCAAUGACGGGUAAGAUUCCUCGAGCGAGGAACAACCUAAGACAGGCACAGUCGUGCAUUGACCUUCAGAAUAAUGGCCUGUGGUCAUGUGGCUUUAGCAGAUCCCUGGCUUUUGUAUCCGUGUCGGGAAUCUGAUUAAGUUUCUGGCUUGCCAAGCAGCUUGAUAGAAGGAAAAUCGUGCACUCAGUAAAUUGUAUUCACUGUAUUUUUGACGAAGGAAAAUGCCAGUUUUGUGGCAGCUUCCAGAACCGACUUAACAACAGACCUUUGGGAAGGAGGGAAAGCUCAUUGAAUCCUAUUGCAAAAGAUUUGACACGAUGUCAGUAGUUUAAAAUUAUUUUAGGAUGUCAUGAUAUAAUACAACCGAUUUUAAUGAGUAGUUGUACAAUUAGGUGUUCUUUGGACAGCAGACCUUCAUUCUGCAGGCGUCCUAACUCAUCCACUUUGUGUUUUCCUCUGGUUCUCUUCGCUUUUGUUAUCAUACUCAGUAUGAAUGUUUUUUUUAAUCGUUUUGAUGGUUUUGAGAUAGCUUUUUGUAGAUGUUUUCUUUAAAAGACGUAACCUAGAAUUGCCUACUAUUUGUUAAUUUUUGCUUGUUGCUUGUUUUGUAGAGGUAUGCUGCUUAAGGAUCCCUUCACUCCGAACUAGUGUAUCCCUAGGACCGGUCGGCCUGGUUGAGAUAACGUGUUCGGAGAAGCCAAAGGGACGCGAGGGGGGCGUCCGCCGACACACCCGGCCCCGGUUGCCGUGCGACAUUGCGUUUG